AUCACACUUGGACGCCAGAUAUUCUUAUCUCCCGGUGGUUUAAACCUGCGUGGAGGCAGACCAGAAGGAGCCGAGCGGGGCCGAGUCGUGUCCAGUGAAACGCGGAAACGGUUUCCUCAUGCUUUGUUCGUGUGAGGAGCCGGUUUCGGUGUCGCUCUGAAGCGGGUUGUGUUAUCCGAGUAUGGCCACCGAGAACAGGAUCAAUUUUUGGAGGAGAAACGCAAAGGUUCCCGGAAGUGUACAGCCAGUUUAUGGAGCACAGCAUCCACCUCUCGACCCACGAUUGCGUCGCACGUAUCCCAAAGACACAAAGCCCAAGUUCAACAAUCUCAAGUCUAAAAAGGCCUCUAGCUUCCAUGAGUUUGCCCGUAGCACCAACGACGCUUGGGACAUUGACGAUGAGGAGGACGAGGAUUUCCUCGGGAACCCCGCCCCUGCAUCCCUGCAGUCUGUGUCCACACAGAGCCAGCAACAGCAGAAUCAGGCUGGUGACACAGAAACGUGGGAGUCACACAGACCGGCACCUCCCAGGACCGAAGCUGAAAAGCUCCAAGAUGUACAGGAGGAGGACACAGAGCAUGUCAACGACAAGGUUGUCAGGUCUAGUAGUGACACCCACCUCAACACGUCCUCAGUGCGUUCCCCACUGCAGAAGCAGCACACUCUCCCAGUUCGUCCCAUCAUCCCACUGGUGGCUCGCAUCUCAGACCAGAACGCGUCAGGGGCACCACCCAUGACGGUGCGAGAGAAGAGCCGGCUGGAUAAAUUCAAGCAGCUGCUAGCUAGUCCCAACACUGACCUAGAGGAGCUCCGGAAGCACAGCUGGUCGGGCAUCCCGAGAGAAGUCCGACCAAUCACAUGGAGACUUCUCUCUGGCUACCUCCCGGCCAACAAGGAGCGCAGAGAGCUGGUGCUGAAAAGGAAGCGGGAAGAAUACUUUGGUUUCAUAGAGCAGUAUUAUCACUCCAGAACAGACGAGCACUAUAAAGACACAUACAGACAGAUUCACAUCGACAUUCCUAGAACCAACCCUCUGAUCCCCUUGUUCCAGCAGCCUGUAGUACAAGAGGUGUUUGAGCGCAUUCUUUUUAUCUGGGCCAUCCGUCACCCAGCCAGCGGUUACGUCCAGGGAAUCAAUGAUCUGGUCACACCCUUCUUCGUCGUCUUCCUGUCUGAGUUUGUCACAGAGGAUGUGGAGAGCUUUGAAGUGGCGGCACUGCCUCUGGACACUCAGAGAAACAUCGAAGCUGACAGCUUCUGGUGCAUGAGCAAGCUGCUGGAUGGCAUACAGGACAACUAUACCUUUGCUCAGCCUGGAAUCCAGAACAAAGUGAAAGCUUUGGAGGAGCUGGUCAGCAGGAUAGAUGAGGACAUUCACAAUCAUUUUAAGAAGUAUGAGGUUGAGUAUCUGCAGUUUGCUUUCCGGUGGAUGAACAAUCUGCUGAUGAGGGAACUGCCGCUUCGUUGCACUAUCCGUCUCUGGGACACCUACCAGGCUGAAGCAGAGGGUUUCUCCCACUUCCACCUGUACGUCUGUGCUGCUUUCCUCAUUGAGUGGCGCAAAGAAAUCCUCUCCAUGGUUGACUUUCAGGGCCUUCUUAUGCUACUGCAGAACCUUCCUACAAUCCACUGGGGUAACGAGGAGGUGGGUCUCCUCCUGGCUGAAGCUUACAGACUGAAGUACAUGUUUGCAGACGCACCCAGCCACUACAAGAGAUAGGCCCAGGGCUGCUCACAGCAAACACAGUAGCUGCGAGACUGUGAGUGAAUGGAUCCACAGCAUCCGAAAUGCUCCAGACAUGAACUUUUGUAUUUGAGCUAACCUGAAAGGGAUGUAUUCAAGUGCAGCUCCAGGACACCUGCAGGAUGUUCUCUCAGAGCCACAAAACUUCUCCUGUGAAAAUGAAGUCCAGCGAGUAUACAUUGGAUAUGGGUUUAUGGUGCACCCAUGAAGCCCAGUCAGCAUGAGAGUAUUUGCAGUCAACAUACAGCACUGUAUCAAAGGACUGUUACACUAUAAAAAUAACAUAGCUAUGCCAUUUUGGUUCACGUUUAUCGUUUUGGUCAUGCUACAUUGAUUGUCUCUCAAAUGAAAUGUACACUCAGAAGAACUUGCUGUAAUAUAAAGGGAUGAUGAAUGUUUAUGAGAUCAUCCUUUUAGUGAAAGAUGGUAUCUACAGAUUAUUGUUGUUUAUUUUUUCCAGAUUUGUUUUUGUAGUUACUUUACAGGGGAACAUAUUAGUCGACACUGUCAAGCUGUUAUAGCAUUUUGGUUUAAGGGUUACCAAAUCUGCACUGUACAAUCAAUUUCUGAGAGUCCGUACUUUGGAUUUCAAUCAGCCAGUUUAAUUGGCACUGAUAUUUUUUAUUAAGAUAAAAGUGCAUGCUGCAUUUCAUUUCAGUUUAUGUUUUGGGUUAAAAGUGGAGGAACUGAUUGGGUAUCAGUUUGCCUUCCUGGUCAUUAGAAAUCACUCAGCUGAUUGAGAUAAAUUUUUGAAUCACUGCGAGACUCUUGGGUACAGCUCAAAUAUAUCAACAGUGGCAAAAAUUAGAAUCUUACUGCUGCAGAAUAAACCAAGAAAAGUGGAGACCUUCUGGUUCAUGUGGCUUUGGAAUUCCCUGUUCAUAUGUCAACUGAAAUGAGUCAAAUUGAAUUUUGCUGACCAAGAUGAAUCUAAAUUUUAUUAUAUUUUAGACAAUUAAAAUUCUUAGCUAGAGAUUGUGGCACAUGUUAACAUUCUUAACACUGGCAUAAAAUUAGAUCAGUAACAAUUGUUGAGUGUUGAUUUUCCAAACUUUCUUUAUGCAUAACUAUGAGAGUGGUCUUAUAAAUGAUUUUACGAUGAGCUAUAAAGUAUCUAAUUACACAGCUGUGGUCAGUGUAAAAACUGCAUCUGCAUAACGCACAGUCAAAAUGUUCAAUUUCCUCAGAUUAGAAUAAUGCCUCUGUCCGUGCUUGUUGGUACUGAAGGACAUUUAUUCACAGCAUCCUACUUGAGACACAGUGCAGCUCAGAAUAUGACAAAGCCCUUGUUUUGAGCAUAUAUAAUGUACGCCUGUCUUUUAAACUGUAACAUGGAUGCUUUGUUAUUAUUAAUGCUUGAAUUUUCUGUUUGUCUACGGUUCAGGUUCGGUUUAUUUUUUAUCUGUGACUUUUUCCACUCUGACAUGACCCGAGAAACUUUUUUCUUGGGGAGGGGGCUAAUAUAUGUGUGGUACUUUUCAUCUUCCUUCAUUACCUGUGCUAAUUAUAACACAAUGUAUGUUUGAAAGCUAUGACAAUCAUUUGCCUUUGGUAGUUUGAUUUCCAUACGGUUAGAUGUGUUUUUAAGGUUUUUUGCAUUGAUCAUUUGCUUAACAUGUGAAAAUUGAACCAUUCUGAAGCAGAAGCUAUGCGAGGCUGUAGCAGCAUUUAAAAUCAGGAUUUAAUGCUAACUAGAUUCCUGGCUAUUACCCUGGUCAUUGUAGAAUACAACAAAAUGAAUGGAGAAACCGCCUACAGUGUUAGAAUGACUCUUAAUUCAUAUUCAAGAAUUAUUAAGUAUAUAUACAUAUGUAUAUACAUAUGUAUGUGUGUGUGUGUGUGUAUAUAUAUGUGUAUGUACUGUAUGUAUAUGUAUAUAUGUCUGUGUAUAUACGUAUAUGUGUAUAUAUAUGUAUAUACAGUAUAUAUGUAUAUAUAUAUAUAUGAGAGUUUCUUUAUGGCAUUAUAUUAGUGAAGUGCUUCUGAAGAUACUAUGGUAGUUGAACUGAGUCAGUGAAAUAUCAUUGUUGUUUUUGGAAAAGUCUAACACUGUCAUUUCUGGUUCAUUCAUUGUCAGUUAAGAUACUAAUAAUCUCGUGCUCAUCAAUCUUGUUUAAAUCCAUCUGAAAUGUUUUGAAUGUUUUUGUGAGUGUUAACAGUAUGCCUUUAGCCUUAAAGUAGGUUUUCUACAUUCAGGUGCACCAACUGAUUGUGUCACUACUGAAAUGGUAUUGUUCACUCCACACUGUUUUUAUUGAAAGCUCAUAUUUUUUCAAAAUAUGAUGUUGGUAACUACAGUUAUGAAAAGUUGUUGAUUUGUUUCAGAAUUGUGCUGUUUCAACAAUAAUUUGCCAAAUCUUUAUUGAGCCAAUACAAAACUUUAAUUAUUACAGUACCUGCUGUAUAUUAACUUUUUGUUUAUAUUAAACUAUUGUUCUUCA